CUAGCAAUCCAGGUUUCCAACGGCGGAGACGCGUGCGUUUGUCCGCGGUUGCCGGCUCCGCGUGCGUGUGGUGGAGGUCCUGGAGUAAUGUGAUGAUAGAUCACUAAGGUUCCGUCCGGAUUUCGUUGACUGUGUAAAAGCUAGUGAUGAUGGUCAUCAUCACGAGACCACCGUCCGUGCGUAUCCACUGCUGGCAAGUACUGCUGUUUCUGCUGCUCAGCGCCGUUUCGGGAAGCUCGGCCGGUCCGGCAGCCCCUAAGGAGCACGGGAAGGAGCACGAGCAUCAGAGUCGCUGGUCCCAGCUGACCCUCCACCCGGGCAAGAACAUAUCGUCGGAAAAGCUGCAUCCCGAUGCCGUGCUGGCCACCUACUGCUACGCCGGCGAGGCGCCCUCCCUGGCGGCAGUCUGGAAGACGCUGUGGCUCAGCCUCAGCAUCGACUCCGACCGCUUCGUCGUGUACCGCGGCGACAACGCCACCGACGUGCUCGCCCAGCACAAGGCGACGUCCAGCCAGCUCUUCAACCUGCUACCGUGGCGCACCCGCCACGUGCGCCUGCCGACAUUCGCCACAACUUGCGUGGGCGUGGAGACGGUGGAGCGGUACAGCGUGCAGCUGAAUGUGCGUCACGUGGAUUACUCGCUGGUGCUGCUGCUGGCUGCCGGCCUUGCGCUCUUCCUCUGCGCCGAUGCGCUCAGCACUAACGUCGUCUUCCACUACUCCUCGGGCGUGGCGGUCGGCAUGUUCGGUGCCAUUCUGGUGGCCGUGUACGUGCUGAGCCGCAUGAUCCCCCGGCGCGGUGGCGCGUGGGCCUUUCUAUUCACCGGCUGGUCGUUGACGCUCUACCUGCUGCAGUACGUGCUGGAGAACCUGCGCCAGCACGUAAUCCGCUACAAGGCGUAUGUGCUUGGGUAUUUGGCGGUCUCGGGCCUAAUCAGCUUCGCGAUCUGCUACUGGAACGGCCCUGUUAAGGACCGGCGCACGCAAACGCUCAUCAAGUGGUUCCUACAGCUGGUCGGGCUGGCGUGCGUCUACCUCUCAUCCAACCUGCCCGAGGCGUCGAUGGCCGUGGUUCUGAUGCUGCUCGGCUGGCAGGCGGUCCCCGCUGGCGUGAGCGCGCGCGUGCGCGCAGCGGUCCGACACCGUUUGUACCGGCCGCGGCCGCGCCGCCUGCUCACAGAGCAAGAGUACCUGGAGCAAAGCUCGGCCGCCACGCGCCAGGCGCUCGACGAGCUGCGCCAGUACUGCCGCUCGCCCGACUGCGACGCGUGGCGCACCGUCAGUCGUCUGCGCACGCCUACGCGGUUCGCCGAGUUCGUGGAGGGCUCGUCGCACCUCUCGGACGCUGAGGUGCUCGAGUACGAACUGGAGCCGACCACGUUGCUACCCAGUGACGGCGAGGACUUGUCUGCCGACGAGUGGUGAAAUAGAAACAACGCGAGACGCUA